AUGGUGUCCCUCUCGCUUUCCACGUCGAUGUUCGCAUGGUGUGCCCUCGGCACAUCUGUGCUCCUCUACGCCGCCUGGAAGGCCGCCGCGCUCGUCGCGCACGCACGCACGUCGCCCCUCCGCCACAUUCCUGGCCCGCGCAGCGUCAGCUGGCUCUAUGGCAACCUCACCCAGAUCGCGCGCGGGGACCCGACCGUCCUGCGCGAGGAUUGGGUGGAUGCGCAUGGGCCGACGAUAAAGUACAAGGGGCUGUUCAACCGCGAUAUAGUGUACACCGUUGAUCCCCGUGCAUUAAACCACAUCCUUAGCCACUCGACCGACUACCCGAAGCCGGAGCUCGUGCGGUUCUCCUUGUCUCAGUUCUUGGGUGAAGGCCUCUUGUUUGUAGAGAAUGAUCAGCACCGCCAGCAGAGGAGGAUCAUGAAUCCUGCAUUCGGACCCGCUCAGAUUAGGGAGCUUGCCGAGAUCUUUUUCGAGAAAGCUAUCCAGCUGCGCGACGCGUGGAGCCACGAGAUCGCAAAGCACAGCGAGCCUGCAAAGAUCGAGGUGCUCGGCUGGCUCACCAAGACGACGCUCGACGUGAUCGGUCUCGCUGGGUUUGACUACGACUUCGACACGCUCAACAUCAACGGCAAGCCAAACGAGCUGUACCAGGCGUUCCAGGUCAUCUUCGGCAAGGCCGCCCUGCGCCCGUCGGUGAUCCCUAUGCUCAAGUACCUCUUCCCCCCACUACGGGUCAUCCCGGACAUAGGCCAGCGGCGCAUCGCCAGGGCGCGGGCGGUGAUGGACCGCAUUGCGCUGAAGCUCGUGCGCGAGAAGAAGGCGGACAUCGCAAGCGCAGCGGGCGCGGACAAGGCAGGGACGAAGCCCGCGCGCCUGCAGAGCCGCGACCUGCUCACGCUGUUGCUCAAAGCGAACGUCGGCGCGGACAUCCCCGAGAGCCAGCGGCUGUCGGAUAGCGACGUGAUCGCUCAGAUCCCGACAUUCCUCGUCGCAGGCCACGAGACGACGAGCAACGCGACGUCAUGGGGGCUUUAUGCACUCGCGCUCGCGCCUGCGGUGCAGAGCAAGCUGCGAGAGGAGCUGUGGGCCGUGCCGACGGACAGUCCAAGCAUGGACGAGCUGCAGGCGCUGCCGCUGCUCGACGCAGUCGUGCGCGAGACGCUGCGCCUGCACGCACCGGUCCCGUUCACUGUGCGCGUGGCGGUGCGGGACGACGUGAUUCCGCUCGGGACACCAUACACGGACUUGCGGGGGCAGGUGCACGACAGCAUCAGGCCCGAGCGGUGGGACGCGAUGCCCGAGGCAGCGCAGAGCAUCCCAGGCGUGUGGGGGAACAUGAUGACGUUCCUCGGCGGCCCGCGCUCGUGCAUCGGCUUCCGCUUCACGCUCAUCGAGAUGAAGGCGAUCAUGUUUACCCUGCUGCGCGCGUUCGAAUUCGAGCUGGCCCUCCCCGCGGACGAGAUCGUCCGCCAGACGGCGGACAUCCAGCGCCCGAUUGUGAAGAGCGAGGCGGACAAGGGUGGGCAACUGCCAAUGCUCGUCAGGCCGCAUGUGCGCGUAUGA